AUGGUCCAUAACCUUGAAAGGAGCCGGAGAUUAUUUCAGAGCGUGCCUACCAGUGGUUCUAUGUCUACCAGUGGUUCUAUGCCUUCCUCUCGCUACCAAACCCAUAUCAGUUACUCCUUGCAGAUAGGUCUGCGAACGGGGAUCCAUCUAAACCGCGGAAAACGAAACACUGCAGACAACUUCACAGUAGACACGGGAAAGAGCUCUGGACAAAUACCACGGGGUGUCCCAGGCGAUGCAAUGAAUGCAGAAGUUCCUCAAGAUGCCAAUACAACUACAGCUCCAAGGGCUCUGAUAAUUUGCGGUGUUUUACUGCUUACAGCGUUCGCAUUGUACGUGCUUCGAAUUUACACGCGCUUUCGUCCAGUGUAUAAGAUCAGAGUCGAGGAUCUCAUAAUCUCCCUGGCAGUGGUAUUUGUCUUAGAAAUAGUAGCAUACUCCAUGAUGGCCGCGGCAGCUUCCUACGGUGUUGGCCGACAUGACCGCUUCGUCACCCCGGCCAACAAAACCCAAGCCCUGCGCUUCGUCUUCACAUACGAAGUGACCGGUGUAUGGGCGGGGGCACUACUACGAGUUUCCGUCGCACUAAUCCUUAUAUCGCUUCACCGGGCUAAGAUAUGGCAUGCUAUUUUGUGGUGUGCAGUAUUUGUUCAGCUCGCAGCAGCCCUCGGUACGACCGUAUGCCUCUUUAUCCAGUGCAGACCCUUACGUGCCAUGUGGGAUGUCGUCCCCGACGCUAGAUGCUGGGCUCCGCCUCGACUGCAUAUAUAUGGAUUUGUGUAUACUGUUAACAGGGUCACUCUGAUGGCAGGUAUUGGUAUCCUCACCGACGUCUUAUUCGUUAUCAUGCCAUUGCCCUUGGUCUGGAGACUUCGCAGACCCAUACGAGAAAGGCUCAUAAUUGCCUUCCUGUUGUCACUAGUACUCUGUGCCACGGCUGCUGCCAGUGUAAAGCUAUACUAUGUCAGGGUCAUUGUGCUCGAAGGAGAGCAGCUACGGUUACUAGUGGUGCCAACUUUAUGGAGCAGAAUCGAAGAGAUUGCACUUAUCGCUGCUGCUUGUGCGCCUUCGCUCAAGUCUUCGACUGAAGAUGGCCUACGCCAGUGUUGGCAUUGUUGUGCGGGACACCGUCAGCAAGAGCGAUCGAGCGUCUGUGUGUCUGAGUCGGAACAUUCCAGUUUACGCGCCUUUUUGGACCAGUAUGCGUCUGCAUCACUGCGCGAGCCGGAGCGUGCAUACCGGAAACUUGAGCGUGUUUGA